CUCUCGCGAGGCAUGAUGGGAGAAUCCCAAUGUUUUCCAACAGAUGCUCUAAGAAGAGCAGCAGAUUAAAGCAAUUGCAGGAGCGAAGAUUUUGUUAUUGGGUGGCAGGGAGGGGGGUAAGGGGGAGGGGAGAGCCCAGUUCCUGCCAGCCCCCCACGGAGCAGCACGAAAGCAGCCCCCCCUGAGCUGCACCGAGAGAAAGUUCGCCAAUGAGUGGCCAUAGGAGCCCAGGGCAUUAGGGGCAUCUCUGCGGCUGCUGGAUGGUGCAGGUGGGGAGCAUUGACGGGAGCUGGCGGAAGGAGGCCGGGGAAGAUGCUGCCCCGGCUGGGGCUGCCUGGCUGAAGCUGCUGGCGCUCGGGACUCCAGCCCCCGCUUCCCCAUUGUGACCUUGGCUGCCUCCCCUUCCAUGAGCGCCUCGUCCUCCCCUCGCCUCUGAGCCCCCCCAUGGCUGCAGCGGAAGAAGGGACUGGCUGUUUUCUCCCCAGAGGCAGGUCUCAGAGUGACCCCAGCAUCCUCACGGACUGCGCUGCCCCUGAAGCCGGAGAGAUCCCAGAUGAGAUGGAGCAGUCCCCUGCAAUGCAUUCUGAAUAUCUGGUCUCAGGGAUUAGAACGCCACCUGUGAGAAGGAACAGCAAGCUGGCAACAUUGGGCAGGAUCUUCAAACCAUGGAAGUGGAGGAAAAAGAAAAACGAGAAACUAAAGCAAACAUCAGCAGUGUUAGAGAAGAAGAUUACUGCAAGGCCAGGUCGGGAUGAACUCAUUAAGAAAGGUCUUCUGGAAAUGAUGGAACAAGAUGCUGGAGGCAAAGCAGGCGCUGCUGAUGGUGCCACCAGAUCAAUGCAGAGUGACCCUCAAUCCCCUGUAUGCCAGGCACUUACCUCAGAAGAGAUGCAGCAGGAAAGUACAGCAGUAACAACAAAUGCAACCUCACUUGGCGAGGAUCUGCACUCAGAGGAGCUAAAAGAGGAUGCAGCCAAGAAACCUUCAGUGUCCACUGAAGAACUAGAAGAUGCCGGCCUGCCAGUAACCGAAGAGACUCCACAAGCCUUACUUAUUUCUGAAUCCACAGAUUCCCCACAGAAACCAAUGGAAAGAAACCUAGCACAGCUCCCCAGCCCCCCUUCACUUCCAAUUCCACCACCUAAGGCAAUCUCCAAAAUCAAGAGUGUAACAGGACAAGCUGCCCUCUUCCAUCCACCAGGCCAGAAAGGUUCUGAUCCCCAUGUCAGAGGCCAGGUACCAACGCCAACCGGUUCCCCUCAUCCAGCUGCUGUCCACCUGCCUUUACCUCCCAGCAGAGUCAUUGAGGAGCUCCACAGGGCUCUGGCCACUAAACAUCGGCAGGAUAGCUUUCAUGGCAGAGAAAGCAAAGGGUCUCCCAAAAAAAGAGUGGAUGUCCGUCCAUCCAGAACAUCUAGCAUCGAGGGCAACAAAGAAAAGGAGAAUGCACUGAGCCACAGUAAUGAGCUGGAGCACAAGCGGAACUCAGUCAAAGAGUCAGAUGAAAACAAAGAAAACCUGAUUAUGAACUCAGAACUCAAGGACAACUUGGUUUUCUAUCAGGAUGAAGAGGUGUUGAAUGACUCCAUCAUUUCUGGUACCUUGCCAAGAAAAUGCAAGAAAGAGCUGCUGGCAGUAAAGCUACGGAACAGGCCAAGCAAGCAGGAACUGGAAGACAGGAAUAUUUUCCCAAGGAGGACGGAUGAGGAACGACAGGAAAUCCGGCAGCAAAUUGAAAUGAAACUCUCAAAGCGCCUGAGCCAAAGACCUGCUGUCGAGGAGCUCGAAAGAAGGAAUAUACUUAAACAAAGAAAUGAUCAAACAGAGCAGGAGGAAAGAAGGGAAAUCAAGCAGAGGCUGACAAGAAAGCUCAAUCAGAGACCUACAGUCGAUGAACUAAGAGACAGAAAAAUUUUAAUUCGAUUCAGCGAUUAUGUAGAGGUGGCAAAAGCACAGGACUACGACAGACGAGCAGACAAACCAUGGACAAGACUAUCAGCAGCCGAUAAGGCAGCAAUCCGUAAAGAGCUAAAUGAAUACAAAAGUAAUGAAAUGGAGGUACAUGCAUCAAGCAAGCAUUUGACAAGAUUUCACAGGCCAUAGAGAUUUUCUUCUGAGAAGAAUUUGUCUUUACUUUUGAUAUUGCUGCUGAACACACAUCAGGGAAUGUAUAAAGGUCUUUCCCUGAAGUUCAGUUCACAAUACCCUGACGUUUGUGUGAGAGAAGGACUGUGCAGGUGAAAUCUCUGCAGCACGUACACACAGGAGCUACCAGAGGACGUACUUCACUCUUUGAUGCCGGAAGAGUGAUGGCCUGUCGGGUGGGAGGAUCAGUUGAAAACGAAUGAAGUAAAGCUACUGGAAGGAACUUACUGCUCUCCUUUAACACUCGUUUUAAACUGUUUUGCAGCAUAUCUUGGAAAAGGAGAUGUUGUGCAUGUACAGGUUUUACCAUUCCAGGGCCUCUGACAUAAUGGACAUGAUGCACUGUUAUUCAGUAUUAUGUUGACAAGACAUUUUGAACUAAUCACAAUUAGUUUGUAAAACACUUACGUUCAUGUUAUACAAAAUGAUUUAAUGUAUUAUAAUUUUUUUCUUUUUUAUAUAAUGUCUAACAAAAACACAGCUGCAACAUUUUUGAUUCCUGUUAAUUUUGUUCUUUAAUUAAAUGACUACUUAUUGCAGGAAACGAGCGCACUUCUUUUAAAUUGCUUUUUUUCCGGGUGAGGUUGAAGGGGAGUGGAUUUGUAAUUAUUAUGGGUCAGAUUUCCUGCACCAAAAAAGUCAGCACACAGUCUGGGAGACCAUGAACAGUGGAAUUUAGAUAAUAGGCUUCCCACCUUGUGGAGGAAAGAUAUUGGACCAGAUCCUUACAACUGGAGUAAUUCUACAACAGCUGAGGAUCUGGCCCUUUGUAAGAAAUGUAGUCUGUCACUACAGUAAAAAAUUACUAAGCUUUGGCAAAUUUAAACAUGACAUAGGUAAACUGUUAAAUACCUUUUAUUGACUAUCAAACUAUUGAUAGUUGUAUUCUUUUUCUAGUAAAAUAUACGUGAGAUUUGAUAACUUCCUGAUGAGGAAAAAAGAUACUUCUACUAAUAAAUAAUUACUAAAAACAAACCAUAACAGAAAUGAUUAUGAAAAACUAUAAGCAAGACAGGCCACAAUGUUUAACAAAAUCCAGAAACAAUGAGAAGAUUUGCCUAAGUAAGAAAUACAGGAUUUGGCUAAAAAUCAAAUAUGUAAGCGAUAAUGUUAACAGUAGGUAAUAUUGAUGAAAACGUGAGUGAUAGUUGCAUAAGAUAUUCUGUUUCUUUAUAUCAGAGAGGUAGCUGUGUUUCUGUUUCUUCAGUGACAGUAACAGAAGUAGUGCAUACGCAUACAAGGCAAAAUUUUGUCCAUAGAUGUUUCAAGAUCUACCCUUUGUAAAAGUUUUAAAAGAGUAAAAAAUUUAGGGUAGGACAUGUCAAUCCCAAGCCAGCAGAAAGAACCCCAACGAAGACAUGAAAACAAAAAAGCAAACAGAUAAAAGGUAAAGGGAAUUAUGGAUAUAGACUCCUGAUAAAUGACUGCAGGAUGGUGUGCAGAAUUAAUGCAUUUAAUGGAUGGAUUAAUUGCUGUUGGUUCUCCAAUGAUCAGCACUAGAGUGAAAUGUCUCAUUUAAAUAGAAUGAUAUAUUGUACUCCCUCCACAAUAAUAGGAGUUAUGAAUGUACAGAAGAUACUGAUAAUAUAUUUAGUUGCAGCCAUUGCUAGAAGCCAUUUGUGGAUCUUUGCAGGGCAUGUGUCCAAGGCAUGACUAAGCACAUGCUGAACAGUUCAGCUUAAUGUCUAGCUAGAUUUAAUUUUGUAUAACCUUAUAAAUAUUGGU